CUGGUCUGUGGUGCAUCCAGGAGCACAUCCGCCCUAGGGAAUCCAUAACGGCAUAUUAUUAUUCCCGCCAAUUCUCCUGAGGCGUGCUUCGCGCGCCAAGCCGAGAGCGCGAGGAGGGCGUAACGCGGGAAAGACGUGACUGCAGCGUAUUUACAUCGUCGUUGCUGUUGUACGAUCUACGACUGAAGAGAAUGUAGUAAAAUCGCAUUUGGCGCAGGUACACCGCUAGCAACAAGCGACAACUAUGGUACCGGACGGGAAAGAGGGCAUCGAGAAGUUCCAGAGCCCCGGCAAAGGCAGAGGACUGAGAGCGUGCAGACGGUUCGCAGCCGGGGACCUCGCGCUCUCGUGCCCCGCGUACGCGUGCGUGCUGACGGUGGGAGAGAGGGGCGGACACUGCGAGGGCUGCCUCUCCAGGAGAGAAGGCCUUUCCAAGUGUGGGAAGUGUAAGAAGGCCUUCUACUGCAAUGUGGACUGUCAGAGAGGAGAUUGGUCCAUGCACAAGCUCGAGUGUUCAGCCAUGUGUGCCUACGGCGAGAAAUGGAGCCCCUCGGAGACCGUCAGGUUGGCUGCCAGGAUCAUCGCCAAAAAGCAGAAAACACAGUUAGAGCGAACUGUAUCUGAGAAAAUGAUGUUGGUGAGCGAGCUUGAAGCCCACUUGGACAAGCUGGGUAAUGAAAAGAAAGAAAUGAUGGAGGCAGAUAUAGCUGCUCUCCACCACUUCUAUUCCAAACACCUGGACUUUCCAGACCACGACUCCCUAAUUCAUCUCUUUGCUCAGGUGAACUGCAAUGGGUUCACUAUUGAGGAUGAGCAGCUUUCACACUUGGGCUCUGCAGUGUUCCCAGAUGUUGCCCUGAUAAACCACAGCUGCUGCCCCAAUGUCAUCGUCACCUACAGGGGGAUUGUCGCUGAGGUGCGAGCCGUCAAAGAUAUCUCCCCAGGGGAGGAGAUUUUCACCAGUUACAUUGAUCUUCUCUACCCAACGGAGGACAGGAUUGAGAGGCUGCGUGACUCAUACUACUUCACAUGUAAUUGUACUGAGUGCAGCACCAAAGCCAAGGACAAGGCAAAGAUGAAGAUUAGGAAGCUGAGCACACCCCCGAAGCAAGAGGUGAUCAAGGACAUGCUGAGGUAUGGCAGGAAUGCCAUCGAAGACUUCAGGAAAGCCAAGCACACCAAAACCCCUAGUGAGCUUCUGUUGAUAUGUGAGCUGAGUCUGGACAAGAUGGGCUUAGUGUUUGAUGACACUAACGUGUACAUACUGCACAUGAUGUACCAGGCCAUGGGUGUGUGCCUCUUCAUGGAGGACUGGGAAGGGGCCUUGAGCUAUGGCGAGAAGAUCGUUGGACCUUACAGGCUCCACUACCCUGCCUACUCCCUCAAUGUGUCCUCCGUGUACCUGAAGCUGGGCAGGCUGUGUUUAGGCCUGGAGAAAGAGGUACAGGGAGUAAAGUACCUGAAAAAGGCCAUGGCAAUCAUGGAAGUUGUUUUCGGGAAGGACCACCCUUACGUCACGGAUAUCAGGAAAGAGAUCAAGUAGCACAAAGAAAGAAUGACAAACUCCGUUCAGCGAUUAUGAAUGUCACUCUGUUAAAUGCCACUCUUGAAUAGCGUGGUAGACAUACUUUAAGCAAAGUACUGAAGCUGUGUGGUUUAAUAAGGUCUUAAAUGUGAAUGGAUAUUUUCUGCAUUAUGUCUUUGUCAGACAUUACAACAUUAUAAGCAGACAGAAGCCCAGCCCUCUAACUACUGAUGACUUUGCCAGUUAUGCACUAUUUUUACAGCAUUUCUUUGAGUUAGGUUUUGCAUUGGCUGCAGUUAAUUGCAUUGUGUAUAAUUUUGUAAUUUUUGGGUGGGGGAGGUAGGUAACUGCUCUUUAAAAAAAAAGUUGAUAAACGGAAAUAGUGCAAAGCAGCUUAUACUUAAACCACUUAUGUCAAUAAAUAAGUAAGUUUAGCACAGUUGCCCCUUCUGUUGGUUAGAGCAUCACAGUGUUCUUGUUUUGUAUUUGAACAGAAUAGUUUCUCUGCUGCUUUUCCAGUGUUCACACCCAUCACUUUUUCGGGAACACCAUGAUGAAGGUCUCCUAGCAAAUCCUCUACACAAAUAACAGCAUAAUGGAGGGUGUAGUUGUGUGCACUCAACUUUUUAUGGAAUUAUUUACACCCUGAAACAAUUUUCUGUUUCAAAAUCAAGUAUGUACACCAAACAGUACGGCUCCGGAGACUUCAUAGGCAUUUACAUAAUUUACUGUAUACUCCUGUGAAGAUAUGCUUCACUUCUGUUUUGUGCAAUGGAAACACUUGAAAUUCGCAAUCACGACUUGUCAAAAGCAUGAUUUUUUUUUUGCAGGAUCAGAAUUAACCAUUUUCUAAAUGCAAACAUUUCAGGAAGUACUAUAAAACAUAUAGAAAAUGUUUAUUGCCUAAUAAGUGAGAAUGAAAGCAUUGUACAUUUUAAAGUCUUAAUGCACUUGGAAAGAAUAUACAAAAGGUCUGUACAAAAUUAAGAGUUUUCAGGUAAAUGUGACCAUUAUAAAAGAGAAGCGGAAAAAACAGUGGAAUGAAAUGCAGAAAAAUACUGUCAAAGAAGUGCAAAACAUAUCUAGAAAGCAUAAGCUUAUACACUGAUUUGAUUAUAUAUACAUUAGAAAAUAAAAGCAUGCAUAGUUUUUAUGGUAUUAAAAAGUACCAAGUCAAAGUAUUUAUACAAUUUUUUUUUUCUUACAUCUGUAUUGCGAUAAAACACAAUGACACUGCUUCUUGUAACUUUGCAUCACACACUUAACAGGAAGAAGAGGGCAAAAAGUCAGCUGGGCAAAUACACAGAUAUUUCACACAGGCCGUAGGAGAUACUGUAGAAUAAGCCUCGAGCGUCAGGUACUGGAGCGCUGUAGGCCGAGCGGUUACUGGGCCCAGGGCCAUUCAACCCAAAGACCUGGAGGGCUCCGCGCAGUCGAGAUAAUGGCAAGCCUACGGUGCCUGCGUUUCAGCAAGACCGAAAUGUACGGGUCAGCGUCACAAAGUUGUUUUUUUGAAUUAAUCACAUUUGAAAUGGGUCACUGACAGUCAGUGUAUUUCACAGUACACCGUUCACACACACUGCAGCACGUGUAACGUGUGGUACACAUGUAACCACUCUUACAGGCUAAUCAGCGACCAAUUGUUUUUUUUUUUUGUUUUGAGUCCAAGGUGAUGAGAAAAAUCUUUAUGAAGGGAAACCCCUGAAAGUAAAAAGAAGGUCUCUCCACACACACACACACACACACACACACACACACACACACACACACACACACACACACACACCUCCUGCUGGAUGAGCAAUAGGCUGUGUCUGACACUGAGGAAGACACUGUACCAUCAACUUAUUCUUUCACUCCACUUUGGAUGGUACAGCCGUCCCAGGUGACUUUCUACCAUGAUAAAAACUGAACUGGUCAUGAAUAUGUUUUUUCCCCACCUAAUUAAAUAAAAA